GGGAAUUAGGGUUUUGAGCUUAUGAGUUAUAACAUCGCAAGUCGUCCUACUUCAGAACUGCUCGUUCUCGCAUUAGCUUCGCAGACACUCGCACGUAGAGACUGUUCUGCUUCUCAGGUUCCAGGGGAGAACUUGAGCAUCAACUGCAAUAAUGUCAGGUGAAGAAGUUGCUCCUGCUGCUGAGGCCCCUGUAGCAGCUCUCGGUGAGCCGAUGGAUUUGAUGACAGCCUUGCAGCUUGUGCUUAGAAAAUCACUUGCUCAUGGUGGUCUUGCUAGGGGUCUUCAUGAAGGUGCAAAAGUGAUCGAGAAGCAUGCAGCCCAGCUGUGCAUUUUGGCAGAGAGCUGCGACCAGCCUGACUAUGUUAAAUUGGUCAAGGCACUUUGUGCUGAUCACAAUGUGAACUUGUUAACUGUCGAAAAUUCUAAGACCCUUGGUGAAUGGGCUGGUUUAUGCAAGAUUGAUUCCGAAGGAAAGGCCAGGAAGGUGGUUAGUUGCGCCUGUGUUGUUGUUAAGGAUUUUGGAGAGGAGACUCCCGCGUUAAAUGUAGUCCAGGAGCACUUGAAGUCAAACUAAGUUGAGAUGGAUCCGACUUUGUUGCUUACUUGAUAUUGAAUUUAGGGAAUUUUGGAUGUUUGAGUUGCUUUUAUUCUAGGAAGAUUUGUUUUUGUUGCUGCAUUGGAUGUCUUUUUGAAUAUAUGCUACUCGUUGAUAUAUGCAAGAUCAGCUUUGUCAUGGUUCUGGUUGAUAA